GAUAGCCGUUAAAGGCGAGUCCAGUUGUCUGCUACUCAGUGUGUUCAGUUGUCAGUGCAUAUACUACUAUUGAGUGCUGGGCUGUAAAGGAGAAGCUUUGGGAUAAUUACCGUGAAGCAGUUAACUUGACUUCGAAAUGGCUGAUCAGCUUACAGAAGAGCAGAUUGCUGAGUUCAAGGAGGCAUUUUCACUCUUUGACAAGGAUGGAGACGGUACCAUCACCACCAAAGAGCUGGGCACAGUCAUGCGCUCUCUGGGUCAGAACCCCACAGAGGCAGAGCUGCAGGACAUGAUCAAUGAAGUGGAUGCUGAUGGAAAUGGAACAAUAGACUUCCCUGAGUUCCUAACUAUGAUGGCCAGGAAGAUGAAGGACACAGACAGCGAGGAGGAGAUUAGGGAAGCAUUCCGUGUUUUUGAUAAGGAUGGCAACGGCUACAUUAGUGCUGCUGAGCUGCGCCAUGUGAUGACGAACCUUGGAGAGAAGCUGACCGACGAGGAAGUGGAUGAGAUGAUCAGAGAAGCAGACAUUGAUGGAGAUGGACAAGUUAACUAUGAAGAGUUCGUACAAAUGAUGACGGCGAAGUGAAGGCCUUGUACAGAUUUCGUAUAUAAUUUGCCUUUUCUUUGUGUAAUUUAUCUGUAAAAUCUUAAUUGCCCCCCAUUCGUCCCUGCCCCCUUCUGCUGUCCAAAGGAACUGCAUGUAAACUGCAUACGCUCUUGUCCCCAUGUCCCUUUCUUUUGCUGUCAUGGUGUUUUGGAGUGACGGAACGGUCAUACAACCAGAUGCCCAUGGAGGCCCCUGGGAGCCAGAGAACUUCGAAUCUUCCUGUCAAGUGUGCUCGGGGCCCCUCCACGGCUGGUGACAUUGGAAACCUGUCAGCUGGUUGUCACUUGGCAACACUGUUGGCAUGGAAGCAAUGUAGAGGAGUUGAAACUCUGCAUGGACUAUGGACAAAGUAUAUAUGGAAAUCUCAGCAUUGCACUACUGCAAAAAAAAUGACACGGGUGUAUCUCCUUGGUACUCGUACAAACUCUUUUUGUAUCUGC